AUGACGUUUAGAUUUGAUUAUGAUUACAGGACUAACGAUUACAAGUUGGUACGGCUUGUUCACAACAGCACUUCAAAGUGUUCUGAUGUUGAUGUUUAUGCAUUAGGAUUAAAUUUAUGGAAAAGCACCCAAAGCAUACCUUACUAUCUUUACCAGGGAUCAUGUUGUGGAGCUUUCUUUAAAGGGGGUCUUCAUUGGCUUGCGGCUACCUUAGAACAAGGCUCCAUUAAACUGAUAUGUUUUAAUGUUGCCAAUGAAAUAUUCCAGGAGGUGGCACUACCAGAAGAACCUAUGCCAUAUCUAGAAGAACCUUUGGAAGAAAAUAUGUUCGGUAUACUGGUGAGAGAAUUUGGAGGCUGCCUAUGUUUAUUUUUCCAUGUUUUUAAUGUCCGAGUUGAUAUAUGGAUGAUGCAGGAAUAUGGAGUAAAAGAAUCAUGGGCUAAAAGUUUCUCCAUUGCCCAAGAGAGUAUUUUAACUAGUAGCACCUACUCAUGCUUAAUAUGGAAUUUCAAAAACAAUGAAUCUCUAUGGGAGGUCGAUGAGGAUUUAAUUUUACAUGAUCCAAACAACAAAAUUUAUAGAAAACUGGUCUUGGAUUCCGAUUUUGCUGAAUGCGUCACUGUGACAGAGAACUCUAUGGCUUCCCUUUCGCUUAACUAA